AUGCUUUCUUAUCCAGACUAUUGUAGGAAGACUCAUGGAGAAAAUGGAAGCAUUUGGAACCUUUCUGAUUGUCAUGUACUUUGUUGCAAACAACAUUUCAAUGUUAGCAAUUCUUCAAGGAAAAGGCUAUUUGAACUUCAUGAAAUUUUCAAGACACUACCUGGUGUAGGUAAACAACAGAGAUUUAAUAUUUCGAAAAUAAUUCCUAUGAGUAGCUCAUGCAGAUCAGGCAUUUGGGAGAUGUCCGAUGAUAUUUUAACUAAAAUUUUAUAUUCAUUGGACCCACUGGACCUCACUAGGGUUUCUGCAACAUGUCAUCAUCUAAGAUCCUUGGCUGCUUCAGUAAUGCCUUGUACAAAGUUAAAUCUGUUUCCUCAUCAGCGGGAAGCAGUUGAGUGGAUGUUGCAUCGGGAGCGAAAUGCUGAGCUCUUGCCACACCCUUUAUAUGUAGCUCUCUCAACUGAAGAUGGCUUUAGUUUCCAUGUAAAUACUGUAUCUGGUGAAAUUGUCACUGGGGAAGCUCCCACAGUAAGGGAUUUUCGUGGAGGAAUGUUUUGUGAUGAGCCUGGCUUGGGUAAGACUGUAACAGCUCUCUCUCUUAUUAUGAAGACACGAGGUACAUUGGCAGAUCCCCCAGAUGGGGCACAAGUUGUCUGGUGUCAACAUAAAGGUAAUCAGAAAUGUGGUUAUUAUGAGAUCAGUGGUAAUAACAUCACUGGUUGUUCUACUUUGGGUAAGAGGGAUGUGUGCCAAGAUAUCAGUAGAACUAUUGAUAACCACAAUUACUCCUCAAAAAGAGCCAGAUUGUCAGAUCCGGAUCAGCAAAUUACUAACCUUAAUGGUUCAUGUUCCAGGGAAUUAAACAAAUCACCUGCAGAUGAAUGCUUUCAGGAACCUAUGGAUUCAAAUCAGUACACUAGGAGUUUGAGCCGCAUAAAGAAAAAUCUAUACAUCACAUAUGAAGAGGAAGCAAUGAUUUCCAAGGAAAGAGAAAUUGGUGAAGGAUUAAUCAAAGCAAAGCAUGCGUCAGAUGUUACAUCUCAUGUAUCCCAAAACAAGUUGUCUGGGAGGCCUGAAGGUGAUCAUUUUGGGAACAGUGAUACAUGGAUUCAGUGCGAUGCUUGUCACAAGUGGCGAAAGCUUGCAGAUGAUAGUAUGGCUAGUUCUAGUGCAGCAUGGUUUUGUAGUAUGAAUACUGAUCCUCUUUAUCAAAGUUGUAAUGUCCCUGAACAACAUUUUCAUAACACUUCUGAGAUAACACACUUGCCAGGGUUUCACUUAAAAGGAACUCACGGUGGUGAGAGACAAAAUGUUUCUUUUUUCACCAGUGUGCUUAAGGAGCACUACUCAUUGAUAAAUUCUCAGACAAAGAAAGCCCUGACUUGGUUGGCUAAAAUUUCAACAGACAAACUUGCAGGAAUGGAAACAAAUGGAAUAAGAGGUCCUAUUUUAAACACUUGCAUUGCAUCUGGUAGACAUUGUAAUGCAUUCCACAAAAUAUUUCAAGCAUUUGGCCUCAUAAAGAGAGUAGAUAAAGGUGUGUGCAAGUGGUUCUAUCCUCAACAUCUUAACAAUUUGACUUUUGACGUAGCUGCCCUUGGCAUGGCACUCCGUGAGCCUAUAGAUUUUGUUAGGUUAUACUUGUCAAGAGCUACCCUGGUAGUUGUUCCAGCAAACUUGGUUGAUCAUUGGAAAACACAAAUAGAAAAGCACGUGAGGCCUGGUCAACUGCGGGUUUAUGUUUGGACUGAUCAUCGGAAGCCAUCUGUGCAUUGUCUUGCGUGGGAUUAUGAUGUUGUCAUAACUACUUUUAGUCGAUUGAGUGCAGAGUGGGGCCCACGUAAGAGGAGUGUUUUGAUGCAAGUGCAUUGGUUUAGGAUAAUUUUGGAUGAGGGGCACACUCUUGGGUCUAGCCUGAACUUAACAAACAAGUUGCAAAUGGCUAUUUCAAUGAUAGCUUCAAAUCGAUGGAUACUAACAGGAACUCCUACACCUAACACUCCUAACAGCCAACUUCCACAUCUGCAACCAUUGCUAAGGUUCCUUCAUGAAGAAUCUUAUGGACUGAAUCAAAAGUCAUGGGAAGCUGGUGUGCUUAGACCAUAUGAAGCAGAAAUGGAGGAAGGAAGGUCUCGUCUGUUACGUUUAAUUCACAAAUGCAUGAUUAGUGCUAGAAAGAUAGAUUUACAAAGCAUUCCACCAUGCAUCAAAAAAGUUGUUUAUCUAGAUUUUAAUGAGGAGCAUGCCAGAAGUUACAAUGAAUUGGUAAUCACUGUACGGCGAAAUAUAUUGAUGGCUGAUUGGAAUGAUCCCUCACAUGUUGAGAGUCUACUGAAUCCAAAACAGUGGAAGUUUCGGAGGGCAACCAUAAAAAAUGUCAGGCUUUCAUGCUGUGUUGCUGGACAUAUUAAAGUUACACAUGCUGGAGAAGAUAUUCAAGAAACAAUGGAUAUGUUAGUAGAAAGUGGUCUGGAUCCUACUUCAGGAGAGUAUACCUCCAUAAGAUAUAAUCUUUUGUAUGGUGGUCACUGUGUCAGGUGCAAGGAAAGGUGCCGUCUUCCAGUCAUUACACCAUGCCGACAUCUGUUGUGCCUUGAUUGUGUUUCUGUAGACAAUACAAAGUGUACUUAUACUGGCUGCAGUAAAUUGUAUGAGAUGCAAAGUAGGCUUCCCCGACCUGAAAAUCCUAAUCCAAAGUGGCCUGUACCCAAAGAUCUUAUUGAGCUACAACCUUCAUAUAAGCAGGCAUGGUUUAUGAAAAACUCAGAUAAUUGGGAUCCUGAUUGGCAAUCCACAUCUAGUAGUAAAGUAUCCUACCUUGUUCAGAGGUUGAAAGCCUUGCAAGGAACAAAUGAAGAGUCAAGCUUCGAUCCAGAUAAUAGCAAUGAUGAGAUGCAUAUAGAGAAUAGUUUCUAUCUGCAUGAGGAUAAAUCAACAUUUCAGAAGUGUUCUAAGAGCAACACGAAGACCAAUUUGAACCUUGAGAAAGUUCUGAUAUUUUCUCAAUUUCUUGAGCAUAUACAUGUCAUUGAACAGCAGUUGACUAUUGCUGGUAUCAAAUAUACGGGCAUGUAUAGCCCAAUGCAUUUCAGCAACAAGAAGAAGUCUUUAGCCAUGUUCCAGCAUGAUUCAAGUUGUAUGGCACUUCUGAUGGAUGGAAGUGCUGCAUUGGGUCUUGACUUGAGUUUUGUUACACAUGUAUUUCUAAUGGAGCCAAUUUGGGACAGAAGUAUGGAGGAGCAAGUAAUUAGUCGUGCUCAUCGAAUGGGUGCUUCUCGUCCUAUUUACGUGGAAACACUAGCAAUGCGUGGUACAAUUGAAGAGCAAAUGUUAGACUUUUUACAGGAUGCUGAUAAAUGUAGAAGAUCGCCGAUUAAGGAUGUUGCUGAAUCUGAAGACGAUAGUGGGGGACGAGGAUAUAGGUCCUUGCAUGAUUUUGCUGAAAGCAGUUAUCUAUUGAAACUUAGAUCUGUGUAUACUAAUUCAGAAAGUCCAGAAGAUGAAGAGAUAAUCAUAGAUGGAAGAAUGAAUAGAGUACCACUUGUUGGUGGAAUAUCACCUGUGAGUGACAGACAGGUGGAGUUUCGUGGGGUGAUUUGA